GGGGCAUCCAUGGAGUAGCCACGUGGAAGCUUAAGAAGGGGUUCCAAAUACUGGAUUCGCGCCAUCACUUAACAACCAGGGCAAAUUUGGGAUUUUACCUUAUUAGUUGGUUACAAUUUCUCUUCUUCCUCUCUCUCAAAAUCUGUAACAGUAACUUCUCAAUUUGUUUGCACAAAAAAAAAAUGGCGAACGUGAUAUGGACUGCGGAUGAAGACAAGAUUUUUGAAAGCGCCCUCGUUCGAAACAAAGACGCAGAGAACAAGUGGGAGUUGAUCGCGGAAUUGCUUCCUGGAAAAACCGCUGAAGAAGUAAAGGUGCGUCGAGAGACUCUACUGAUGAAUGCAGUGACAACGUGGACCACGGAAGAAGACAAGUUGUUGGAGAGUGCUUUGAAGAAUGUUCCAGAGGGUACUCCGGGAAGGUUGCAUGAGGUGGCCAAGGCUGUCCCCGGUAGGACGAUGGAGGAGGUAAGGGUUCAUUCUGAGCUCUUAAUGAUGGAUGUGAAUGUGGAUUUGAAUGAGAUUGACUACGAUCGAGUUGAACUUCCGAAUCAUGACAAGGAAUCGGCGAGAGAGGGGUCUCAGAAGAAGAGGAAACCAUGGACAUCAGAAGAGCACAGGAAAUUUCUUGAGGGGGUGAAGGAGUUCGGAAAAGGCGAGUGGAAGAGCAUUUCAAGGAAGUCGGUGAUCACAAGGACGCCGGAACAGAUUGGGGUAGCAGCAACCCAGGAGGAAGCGGCGGAGGGAAAGAAUGAUGGUAUUCUUGCGAUGUCUCGUGAGCUGUUGUGA